UGUCGACAUGGUAGGAAGACGAUUUUGACGUUGUCCUGAGUCAUAACAGCGAGUUUUAGAAUAUAAAAAGCGACUUUUGUCACCUAAUGCAUCAGCCGUGACUCUUGACAGGUGCGAAGCCUUGCUCGAUGAAAAUACGCUUGUCAAGAGGAUGACAAGUGCCGUUAAAGUCUGCCACCCUUGACGACGCGAGUGUUUAUCAGUGCACGUUGGACAAGGUGGAGUUCAGAUCGGUAAUGCCUGUUGGGAAUUAUACUGUUUGGAACAUGGAAUUCAACCAGACGGGCAAAUGCCCUCAGAUAAAACAGUUGGAGGAGGGGACGAUAGUUUCAACACAUUUUUUAGCGAGACAGGUGCAGGAAAACACGUUCCAAGAGCUGUUUUUAUGGAUCUAGAACCUACUGUAGUAGACGAGGUACGUACCGGAACUUACAGGCAACUCUUUCAUCCGGAACAACUGAUAACAGGCAAAGAGGAUGCUGCGAAUAAUUAUGCGAGGGGCCAUUAUACCGUUGGCAAAGAAAUCGUGGAUUUAGUAUUAGAUCGGUUACGCAAAUUAGCCGAUCAAUGUACGGGACUCCAAGGAUUUCUUAUUUUCCAUGCUUUUGGUGGUGGCACCGGAUCUGGAUUUACUAGCCUUUUGAUGGAACGAUUAUCCGUUGAUUACGGGAAAAAAUCAAAACUUGAAUUUGCUAUCUAUCCGUCGCCCCAGAUAUGUACGGCAAUAGUCGAGCCAUAUAAUUCUUUACUUACUACUCAUACGACUCUCGAACAUUCGGAUGCCGCUUUUAUGGUAGACAACGAAGCAAUUUAUGAUAUCUGCCGUCGUAAUCUUGACAUAGAAAGACCAACUUACACAAAUCUAAAUCGUUUGAUCGGUCAAAUUGUUUCUUCGAUCACUGCAUCCUUGCGUUUCGAUGGUGCUCUUAAUGUUGAUCUUACUGAAUUUCAAACAAACUUGGUACCUUAUCCCCGAAUUCAUUUUCCACUUGCAACCUAUGCACCUGUCAUUUCCGCCGAAAAAGCUUAUCAUGAACAAUUAACGGUAGCAGAGUUGACAAAUGCUUGCUUUGAACCGGCCAAUCAAAUGGUUAAAUGCGAUCCACGUCAUGGUAAAUACAUGGCUUGUUGUAUGUUAUACAGAGGAGAUGUUGUACCAAAAGAUGUCAAUGCCUCUAUUGCAACUAUUAAAACCAAACGUACUAUACAAUUCGUUGACUGGUGUCCAACUGGAUUUAAGGUUGGUAUUAAUUAUCAGCCACCUACGGUUGUACCAGGUGGUGAUCUCGCCAAAGUACAACGUGCUAUUUGUAUGUUGGCUAAUACAACUGCAAUAGCUGAGGCAUGGAGCAGGCUCAAUCACAAAUUUGACGUUAUGUACUCAAAACGUGCAUUUGUACAUUGGUACGUAGGAGAGGGUAUGGAAGAAGGAGAAUUUUCAGAAGCACGUGAAGAUCUAGCGGCAUUAGAGAAAGAUUACGAAGAAGUUGGCUUGGAUUCAGUUGAGGGUGAAGGCGAAGGAGGAGAGGAAUAUUAAUUUGUCAUUAGUUUACAAAUGAAUUAAAACUUAAUGUAUUUAAGAAUUUCUGUAUUAAAUUAAAUAACG